AUGGCGUUUCUUUCUGCAAUCUACCUGCUUUUCGGUGCUGUGAUUAGCGCGGUGACGGUGGCCUACUUCCGUGGAUAUGGAAUGAGGCCCAAAAGUUACCCUCCUGGUCCUCCAACCUUGCCAAUCAUCGGAAAUUUGCAUCAAAUGCCAAUGACGAACUUACAUCUCAAACUUCAAGAGUGGACAAAGCAGUAUGGACCCAUUAUCUCCCUUAAACUUGGGACCCAGGAUAUGGUCGUAGUUAGCUCGGACAAGAUAGUACGCGAUCUCAUCGACAAACGGAGUGCGAUAUAUUCUGGCCGCAUGGAUGUCUUCAUCCGGGAGUUUGGUGACGACCUCAACAUUCUCAUGAGAGAUAAUGACGAGAUUUGGCGACGGCAGCGAAAAAUGUACCAUCUUAGGCUGAACGUGAACGUUGCCAACAAAUAUGUCCCGUAUCAGCAAUUCGAGGUCACGCAGCUUCUUCACGACAUCUUGCAUUCACCUCUCGACUACGAACAUCACACAAAACGGUUUACGACUAGUCUUGCCUCCACAAUUAUCUAUGGCUGGAGAACAACAUCGGUUGACAAUCCUCAUGUAAAGAGCAUGUUUGAGUUGAUGGAUUGGUGGCCGGAGCUCCGAGGUUUCUUUCGAAAUGCGCCCUUGUGGAUCACUGGAAUUAGCAAAGAAAUGGAGCGACUGAAAAAUCUCGAAGAAGAUUUGUGGAUGGACUUGCUCAACGAAGCCAAGAGCAGUAUUGAGCAUGGAUCGCAGAGAGCAAGUAAGUUGCGACGCUUCACCACUGAUAUGAUCCUUAACAAUGGAACCAAAUCUGGCGACUUUUUAAGUGAUAGACAAAUGGCUGCUAACGCCGGCCAUGCCUUUGCUGGGGCUACAGAUACCACUCUCAACACCACACUUGGGUUCAUAAAGGCCAUGAUGCUGCACCCCGAGAUACAAGCCAAGGCUCAAGCAGAAAUAGACGCGGUGGUAGGAUCGAACCGCAUGCCCGGGUGGAGUGAUUGGGAUAACCUGCCCUACAUCCGUUGUACCAUGAAGGAGACUCUGCGAUGGAUGCCAUCUACAAUCCUUGGAGGGAUGCCACAUCGACUAUCGAAGACUGACCAGUACGAUGGCUAUACCAUACCAGCCAAUGCCGGGGUUAUGAUAAAUGUUUGGGGGAUCAAUAACGACGAAAACAGAGCAAAGAACCCGCGCGACUUCGACCCAUCUCGUUACGAGGGCGACAAUCUGGCAACAGGAGAGUCUGCAGCACUUGGAGAUGCCUCAAAGCGAGAUCAUUUCACUUUCGGUUCUGGUAGGCGCAUUUGCCCUGGCAUGCACGUCGCCGAAAGGUCUGUCUUCGUUACCAUCGCUCGGCUGCUAUGGACUUUCAAAAUCAGUCAGCCACUGGAUACAAAUGGACAACCUGCCCCAAUAGGUCGAGAUGCAGUCACUCCAGGCUUUAUUGUCUCUCCAGUUUCUUUUCUAUGUAACUUUACAGCCCGAGAUGAGAAAAGAGCUGCAAUGCUAGACAAUGAAUGGGAAAAUUGCCUCACUUAUCUGGACAAGGAUCAGAAUUACACCGAGGAGUUCUACGAAAAGCAUUUUAGCGAACAUUUAUGA